AUGGAAACAGUAAAUGAACCAAAAACAUCGACAGUGGAAGAAACAGCGCCGCGAAAUACAUUGAAAUCUGAAGGGAUUCAUCUCUACAAAAGGCGUUAUUAUAUAUUAUUGAUGUUCGCCUUACUAUCAGCCUCUAAUUCAAUGCAGUGGAUUGAAUAUUCCGUUAUUUCGCAUAUCAUCGUCGAAUUCUAUUCAGUAUCUUAUGUUGCUGUCAACUGGACUUCAAUGAUUUACAUGCUUACAUAUAUUAUCUUUGUACUUCCAGCAAGUUGGGUCCUUGACAAAUAUGGGUUACGGACAUCAUUAAUACUUGGUUCUGGUGGUAACUGCAUUGGAGCACUGAUAAAGAUGUUUUCAGCAAGGCCUGACGCAUUCUGGAUCACAUUCUUGGGACAAACGAUCGUGGGCUUUUCUCAAAUGUUUAUUUUGGGUAUACCACCAAGGUUAGCUGCUGUAUGGUUCGGCCCAGAAGAAGUUUCCACGGCAUGCGCGUCUGGUGUCUUCGGUAACCAAUUAGGCAUUGCAAUUGGCUUUUUGCUUCCUCCUGUUUUGGUUCAUAGGGGUGAGGCAGAGUUUGUUGCCUCUGAUUUGAGUCGAUUGUUUCUCAUUUCAGUCGUUGCCAAUACUAUCAUUUUCUUCUUAAUGGUAUUUUCAUUUCCAAAGAGGCCAUCCUUACCACCAAGUUUGGCACAGCUGCGCAUGCUGGAGGAUAUGAGCGAGAAAAAUUUUUGCCAUUCGUUAAAACAACUGAUGACAAAUCGAAAUUUUGUACUUCUUUUCAUCACUUACGGAAUUAAUGUUGGUGUAUUUUACGCUGUGUCAACAGUACUCAGUCAAAUGAUAUUAAUAUUUCAUCCCCAUGAACAAAAAAGUGCAGGAAUGAUUGGCUUGCUAUUGAUAUUAGCAGGGAUGAUUGGUUCAGUGUUCUGUGGUUUCAUUCUAGAUCGUUUUCAUCAGUUUAAACUGACUAUCCUUGUUGUAUAUUUGUUUUGCACAAUGGGCAUGCUUUUGUUUACUUUUUUGAUAAAUGUCGCGCAGAUGUGGUAUAUUUAUGCAAGCUCGAUAAUUCUCGGAUUUUUUAUGACCGGAUAUUUACCGAUUGGUUUUGAAUUUGCAUCAGAGCUAACUUUUCCAAUAGCCGAAGGGACUGCAUCAGGCCUUUUAAAUGCUUCUGCUCAGGUGUUUGGUAUAAUGCUUACCUUAUGUGUUGGUUUUAUUCUUGAAUACGAUAAUGUCUUUGCUAGUAAUUUAACACUUACGGGAUUUCUGAUUGUUGGGACUUUUCUUACAGCUCUUAUCAGAUCUGAUCUACGACGACAAAGAGCUCACGAAAGCAUUCCAAGCAUAUCACUGGUAAGUUUUGAUGAUUAUUUCGAUUUCAUCCCAUCAAAAUAA